UGCGGUGGCCAUGUGUUUGGACAUCUAACGAUCGAACUGAGCAUGUGUAUCACAGACAGUAAGAUGAAUUAAACUACCGAAGUGGAUAACAAGGUGCCAAGAUCAACGACGGCGACGCUCUCCGCCCCGUCGUCAAACUUCCUCAAACAUCCUUACUUCUUUUCAUCUUCUUCGGGGUCGACUUCGACGUCUUCGACGUCCUCGUCAUCAGUAUCUCCCCCGAUGAUGAACGGAGGAAAGCCGCUGCACCCCCAGGAACACAUCAAGCGCCCCAUGAACGCCUUCAUGGUCUGGUCCAGGGGCCAGCGGCGAAAGAUGGCUCAGGACAAUCCAAAAAUGCACAAUUCUGAGAUCUCCAAGAGACUCGGGGCAGAGUGGAAACUGCUAACGGAAAUGGAGAAGAGGCCAUUCAUUGACGAAGCGAAGAGACUGAGGGCGCUGCACAUGAAGGAGCACCCCGACUACAAGUAUCGCCCCCGGAGGAAACCGAAGUCUCUCAUGAAGAAGGAACCAAAAUUCGGAUUCUCACUGUCGCCGCUUCUGUCGUCUGGAAUGGAUCCCCUUCACGGCAUUCCCCGGUCACUGCUUCCUCCCUUACCAGUGCCUCCCCCUGGCCCACACCCACCGCCUCACCCUCUUCUAACAGGAGAAUCCGACUUAAAAUUCCCGCGGUCUUUAUUCCCACCCUUUCCAUAUCCCCUGUACCCUCUUCAUCACGCAGCAAAGCUGCAUGCCGACGACCUGGCUUCGACUUCAGGAGGUGGCAAGACAGCGGCGGACCUUGCUUUCCAGGCGCUGUACGGCAGUUCUCUGUACUCGCACGCGGCAGCUGCAGCAGCUGCGGCAACCUGGCCAAACAGUUUGGCCGCGGGUGCUCCCUGUAUGGUUCCGUGCAGUUGCGGGCCCACCACAGUACCCACGACAGCGACCGACCCAUCGCCGGGCUCCCCCACGCCUUCUGACCCUGGCAUCAAGCGGCCGGUGGCGUACCUGCUAGUGAAACCAGAGGAUCACUACGCAAGUUCGGCGGCUGCGUCUCCGCAUGUUAUCUGAAGGCCUCUCCCCGUUCUCCCGGACUCGGCGCGGGGGAACCUGGGGAGCCUGCUAGCUGCCGGGUCUGACUGCGGGGCCGCGGUGGGGUGGUGGGGGCUUCACGGACAAUUACCAUCCACAUCUUCCACAGCGUCGACCGCACCUGCUCCCUCAGGAACGCCUGAAGACCAAGACGAGCGUCCGAGCUCAACCAACAGCAGUCAGUAGAAUUGAUAUACAAGACGAUAUCGCCAGCAUCACGAGAUGGUUCGUCCGUAAGAGGACGUUAAGCCCCCUCAAACAAGUGCGGUUUUAUUUCAAUUCGAAAUGGAACUCUCCUUCGGUUCCGGAGUUCAUUUUGGCGAAACUGUCGGCAACAAUGCGAGUGAUUCUUUAUCAGAAU